AUGGCGGAAUCACAGAAAGAAACUUCAUCUGGCCAGCCGAAGAAGAAAAAUUCAUUACUAGAUUUGGAUUUUGGGAACGAUGACUUUCUUAGUUCCUGGAAGACAGUGUCUGUGGCAGGAGAUGGGACAGAUUUGGACUUUGGCUCUAUUUCAAAAGGAAAGAAAAAUGCAUUCAACUUUGACAAAAUGGACAUGGACUUUAACCUCGAUGAUGAUUUAGGUAAAAUUCCAUCUUUCAACUUGGACAUCCCGGGUAUUGAUAUCUCUUCCCCUGUUAAAAAAGAUGGUAAAUCUAAGGAAAGAUCCAAGGAAUCAACUUCCGGGAGUACUCGAGAGAAAGCUGAUGGCUUUGAUUUUACAUUUGAUUUUAAUGACUUGGAUGAUUUCAAUUUCAAAGCCAUUUCAAAGAAGGAAGGUGCAAUAGCGAAAGAGGGUGAAGCCAAGGAAGAUUCUUCGAACCAAUUGUUUGCCCAGAAGCCCAGAGACUGCCUAGGGGAAAAUGUUGACACGCAUCUACAUGAAUCAAGUAAUCUGGAAGUAUCUGGAACUGUGAUAAGUUCGGAUGUUGAUAUGCAAGGGGGCGCCGGUGGCAGUCCUGAAUUGUCAAAUCCAAAUUCACUUUAUAACCCAGUCGAAAAUGAUGAGAGCCAUCUGGAUUCUGAAGUUGCAACAAAUGAAGGACCAUCAGAUAAAGCAAUGACUGACAAGACGGGAUCAGACAACAGUCAAGAACUAGAUUACCAACUAGAGAAAUCAAUGUCUCCAGAAUCUCUUCCACAGGAAGUCCCUGUUGCUAAUGAAAGUAUAGCAGACAAAUCAGUUCACUCCGUACUUAGAAAUGAAUUUAGUCGAGAUACCGUUCCUGCACUCUUGGAGGAAGUUAGUAUGGGAGAUACAAAAGCAUGCACUCUGGAAAGUGCUAAGACACUCAUGGCUGAUUCAAGCUCUAACUCUGAAAUUCCUGCUUGGAGUGGUUCUGUCCACACUACUGCUAUCACAGAGGAAAAGGAAACAGGGUCUCAGGGUCAUACUGAGAAUGAUGCUUUAGUGGACAUUAAAGAGGGAGAAGAGCCUGUUCAGAGUGGAAUAAAGGACAGAGAAAUCUUGUCUGAUAAUGGAUCGCCAAAAUUGGUUCCUCAAAAGCAAGGAAAUGUGAAGAAUCAAGACCUAUUGGAGCAUUCAAGUACUUUGAACAGAACUGCAACUAAUUUUCUGAUGCCAAACAAAGAAAGAGAAGCUGUAACAAGGUCAAAGUAUUUUAAUCAACCAGAUAAAACUGAAUCUCGAAUUCUGAAUGCAUCGAAUCGGACAACAGGUUCAUCUAUCAAUGCCAAUGUAACUGGCAUUAUACAGAAGUCUCCUCCAGAUGGAAGCAAGAAAGGCAAUGCUGUUGAGUUUAAAAGAGAUAACAAGGUAGAUGGUGUUUGCUCGUUGAGUUCUGCCUCUGUGAUUGUAAAGGAACAUUCUCAGACACAAAGUUUGAGAAGCGGAAGUGAGUAUAAGAAAAGCAGCUCUCACAUUAACACUUUAGGUUUGACUGGGAUGAAAAUUAAUUCCGGCUCAAAGAAUUGUGCAAAUCCUUCCAGUCUGGCCAUGACCUCGGAAACUUCAGAGAACAGGAAAACAAGUGUUGGUGCUGGUGAUAAAGUAUCUUCUGUCAAAGCUAUUAAGCAUAUACCAACUCUUUCUAGCCUCACAACUUUAAGAACAUCUGGAGUGAACCUCGGCUCAUUGAAGUCUCAGCCUCAUAAUGAUACUAUGCUUUCAAGAUAUGUACAGCAGCACAUGAAUGUAGCUGGGAGCACACCAUCCAGGACUGUUGAAGUCGCGGAACCCAAAAAGCAGACACCACCUGCUCCCUCUCUCAAGCGAAAAAUGAAUGAGGCUUGUAGCUCAGAUCUGGUUUUAAAGCCAUUAAAACGUUUCACUGGGUCACCAAUAACCAGAGUAUCAGCAGAAAAUUCAGGCAAGAUGGUCGAUAGUAAGGCAUGUGAUAAAGAAAACAUCCCAGAUAAAAUGGGCAAGAAUGCUUGUGAAAAUCAAAACAAUUCCAAUCUUGCUUCACCAAAUCAGGUCUUCAUGAACGAACUGGAAGUUUCUUCUUCUCUUGAUUAUGACAGCAACAUUGAAAUGGCAGAUGCUUGUAGUAAAGGACUUGAAGAUAUCUGCAACCUUCUUAGCAAGAAACAUGAAGAGGCAAAGGAAUUAUUAGUUCGAGCUGUUGUAAACAACAACCGGCUUCUUAUGCUCAACCAUCCCAUCUAUGAAGAAAAGAUAUCCUUUACACAUCAAUCGCUUUUUCUCACAGACUUACAAGCUGACACUUAUACAAAUACAUUGUAUCUUUUCAUGGGAAACCAGGGGAUAAAAGCAUGGGAGAGCUAUUUGCCCAUUAAGUCCAGCUAUAGUACUCAUCUUAUUCCAGGAAGCAGGUGUGCCACCGCAAAGGCAUUGGAGUUUGGAGGAAUGCUUUUGACUUUCUGUAGUCAUGAUAUGGUGCUUCGCCUGAAGAAGAUUUGUCAGAAGCCAUGA